GAGCGCCCCUCGGGACCGGUCAGUUGCAGGGUCCGCCGCACCCCCUGGGGUGCCAGAUGGGGCUUCCCGGGGGUCGCAGGGUCGAAGUUGGGUCGACCCGCCAGCGUUUUGCAGAACGACAUGCUGCCGCCUGGGCGCAAUGGCACCGCGCGUCGGGCGCGGCUGGGGAUGCCGCGGCAGCUGGCGCAGGCUGGCGCCCCGGGGGGCUCGGCGGCCCUGCUGGGACCUGCGCAGGUGAUCACUGCCGGCCUCCUGACUCUCCUUAUCGUCUGGACCUUGCUUGGCAAUGUGCUAGUGUGCGCAGCCAUCGUCCGCAGCCGCCACCUGCGCGCCAAGAUGACCAACAUCUUCAUUGUAUCUUUGGCGGUCUCAGACCUCUUCGUGGCAUUGCUGGUCAUGCCGUGGAAGGCCGUGGCUGAGGUGGCUGGGUACUGGCCCUUUGGAGAGUUCUGUGAUAUCUGGGUGGCCUUUGACAUCAUGUGCUCCACUGCCUCUAUCCUGAAUCUGUGUAUCAUCAGUGUAGACCGCUACUGGGCUAUCUCCAGGCCCUUCCGCUACGAGCGAAAGAUGACCCAGCGCGUAGCCUUGGUCAUGGUGGGCCUGGCCUGGACUUUGUCCAUCCUUAUCUCCUUCAUCCCGGUCCAACUCAAUUGGCACAGAGACAAGGCAGGCUCCCAGGGCCGAGAGGGCCUACUGUCUAAUGGGACGCCCUGGGAGGAAGGCUGGGAGCAAGAAGGGGGGACAGAGAACUGCGACUCCAGCCUGAACCGAACUUACGCCAUCUCCUCCUCGCUCAUCAGCUUCUACAUUCCAGUGGCCAUCAUGAUUGUGACCUACACGCGCAUCUACCGCAUUGCACAGGUGCAGAUCCGCCGAAUCUCCUCCCUGGAGAGGGCAGCUGAGCAUGCCCAGAGCUGCCGGAGUCGCGGGGCCUGCCAACCUGACCCCAGCCUGCGAGCCUCCAUCAAGAAGGAGACCAAGGUCUUCAAGACACUGUCAAUGAUCAUGGGGGUCUUCGUGUGCUGCUGGUUGCCUUUCUUUAUCCUGAACUGCAUGGUUCCUUUCUGCAGCACCGGGGAUGGCCAGGGCUCACCGGCGGGCUUUCCUUGUGUCAGUGAGACCACCUUUGACAUAUUCGUCUGGUUUGGCUGGGCCAACUCGUCUCUCAACCCCAUCAUCUAUGCCUUCAACGCUGACUUCCGAAAGGUGUUCACCCAGCUGCUGGGGUGCAGCCACUUCUGCUCCCGGACCCCUGUGCAGACUGUGAACAUUAGUAAUGAACUCAUCUCCUACAAUCAGGACACCGUCUUCCACAAGGAGAUCGCCGCUGCCUAUGUCCACAUGAUCCCCAAUGCAGUGUCCUCUGGAGACCACGAGGUGGGCGAGCAGGAGGAGGAGGGACCUUUUGAUCACAUGUCUCAAAUCUCUCCAACAACCCCAGACGGUGACCGGGCUGCUGAAUCUGUCUGGGAGCUUGACUGUGAGGAGGAGGUUUCCUUAGGCAAAAUCUCACCUCUUACCCCCAAUUGUUUCCAUAAAACUGCUUAGAAACACCCUCUUGGGAAUAUACAGCUGCAACCACAUUUGUAGGCAUCCACACAUGCACAUACACAAAUAUACACACUCCCAGUGUGCAUGUGCUUUCUGUAGCCCAGCUGCAUAGAAACCAAAUGAUUCUUAGCUGAGAAUAUUAGCCGAGGCUGUUGAAAUGCAUUCAGCUAUUU